AUGCGACCCUUGAGCCGCGGCAAGACUGAUUUGGUGCUUGAUGGGGAUUUGCGACUCGAAGAAGCUCUUCAUGAGCUAAGUUAUGCUCUGGUAUUAAGCCGCCGCCGCCGCCGCCGCCGCCGCGAGCCGAGGCACGACAAAGCGACCGGUCUGGAGAAUGCGGUCUUGGAUCCGAUGCGCACUUUCACCAUGAAAUGUGUACUGCCAUGGCAUGUAUUUCCUUUGCUCCGGCACGAAUUCACGUCUAUUUCCGAGCUGAAGCAAUCCCGUUCUUCACUACCCAUCAAGGACGCUACAACUUAUCCCUACGUCACGCCCAAAGAGGUUGACUCCAUCCUCGAAUCCUUGGAGCAAAAUGUGUCUCACCACGUCACUGGAACAGAUGCAGCGGACGAGAGCCCUCAUAAAAUCUGGAGAGAUCCCCGAGAGCAACCUGGACGCCCAUGCUUGGCAAUGUUGACCAUGGCGCUCGGAUGCGCCAGCCGAGUGACUACCAGCAUCGAGGAAACUGCAAGAAUUUCGUACCAGGACGGCAGCUGGAGAAACUCAAGACGACAGAUGGGAAAACAGUCUACUUUGACGUUGCGCUGA